AUGAAACUGCUUACACUCAUUUACUACCUUACACUCUUUCUUCUCCAAGUCAUGGCACAGUACUCGAACGAUGCUCCCGUCACUGAGAACAAUCCCACCAAAGCCACCUUCCAAGCCAUCUUUCAAGUCGACAAGCCAAUCCAAGGUCAAAUCACUGGCGUUUCCAGCGAAAAUGGCACUGGUGUGAACUUCAACGUCAAUUUCUUCAACUUCCCAGAUGCUUCGAUUGGGCCAUUCUCAUACCACAUCCAUGUCUAUCCUGUCCCCGAAGAUGGCAACUGUACUGCUACAGGCGGCCACCUCAACCCUUACACCCGCGGCGAGACGCCACCUUGCGAUGCUUAUGAGCCGUCGACCUGCCAGUGCGGUGAUUUGAGCGGCAAACAUGGUCCGAUUAACAAGACCGCGACCGAGAAGAACUUCCAAGUCACCUACCUUGACCUCUACCUCUCCACCGACCCCGAGUCUCUGGCAUAUUUUGGUGACAGAAGUGUAGUUGUUCACGCGGCCAACGGGACAAGAUUGAACUGUGGCAACUUCACUCAGCAAGUGCCCACAAAUGUCACGUCCGGAAAUAGCACAGGUACAGGUUGGGGUGGGAAUGACACAACACCCUCGAAGUCCCCUCCGCUGGUCACACAACACGGUGCUGGUGCAGAUGUUGUGACUCCAGGUGGCGCGUUUGGCCUAGGCGUGGCUGUUGUCGUGGGAAUCAUAACUUUGCUUUGA